GACGAGGUCAAAUAGCCAUUAUUUAAUUCAGGAUAUCUGACAGAGAAGUUCUCAUUUUAAAAGUUUCUUCUGAGAGAGUUACAAUGAGAAUCAAGUUGUUUUUUGUGAUACCCUUGCUCUUCGGAGCCAUCGAAGUGAAAAGUGCCUUCAAUGAACCUGGCUUAGAUCUCGAAGAGAUAAAUCCAGACAAAACAGCAGUUGGAAGCGCGGAGGAAGAGAUUGAAGACGCAUACGAAGCCCCAGAGCCGGUUUUAAUUGAUGAAAACCAACUAGAAACAGAUCUUGAUCCGUAUGAAAACGAUACCGAUAUCCCUGAAGCUGAGUCCGGUGAGGAAUUGGAAGAAACGUCAGAUUUCUUAGAAGAUAGAAGAAGGAAAACGAAGUCUAAAAACAAGGAUAUACUCUCCUACGAGUUGAUGAUUUUCCUGGGCACUGACAGACAUCCUUCUCACUACAAAGAUAUAUGUAGACGUCUUCGAAAUGGAAAACGCCCUAAAUCUGGAAAACCUGUACGAUUUCGAAAACGUCCUCGAAAAGGAAAACCUAUUCGUAACGGAAAUGUGCGCGUCAAGAGAAAAGUAUACAAUUGUUGCCGCCUCCGCAACUUCUGCCUCGGUAAACUCAAGAAGUCUGGGACUUGCCCCUUCAAAAGACAUGGACCGUUUGACAUGCCUUAUGCAGUUAGAUGGACCGAAAAAGGCAAAAAACAUUUCCAAUGCGGGCGUGUCAGAUACCGAAUGCUUGGCCGCUGCCGUAAUGAACUGUGCAAGUGUGAUACAAAAGCUGUCAAUUGCUUCAUAAAUUCGGAGAAGAAACGUCGUCCAAAUAGGGGCAAGCGUCGCCCUCGUAAGAAGAUGUGAUCUUAAAUGUUUCCAGUGCCCAAAAGUAUUCAUGACUGUGUAGAACAUAAUUCAAUAAAAGGGUUUAAGUGUG